AUGGCCACAGUGAUCAAAAAUAAUGCGGAAGAUACAAAACAGGCAGCUUCGUCCCCUAGACUCAAAGGCCGGGAAAAUGCGAAAGACACUCUAUGUCGCAAUGUUACGAUAUACGGGAAGUGCCGCUACGAGGACAAAGGAUGUGCCUUCAACCACACCGUAGAGAAGCCUGCCUCUGAUGGAGGACAAAGUGAUAGUCAGUCGAAAAAGACGCUCAACGUCGACUCGCCGAGUUUCACACCCUCUUUCUUGUCUCCCAAUGGCACCGCAGCUGCAGCCACUGCUAUCAAGAAGCCAACGACUGGCAUAUCUCCAAAGGCAGCAAGUGCUGCCCCGUUCAUGCCCAAGGCCAUCAUCUCCCGUGAGCAGAUGUCCAGCGUCUCGGACUCAGACGACGCCGGUGGCUUACAACUUAUGCCAGGAUCGUCGAACGCUACUCCUCUUCGACAAGAUGCCAAAACCCCGGACUGGGCGCUGCCUGACGUCCAAGAAUUUGUGCCCCGACGAACUCAAGAACCGUCUCUAACCACUGAAAGCGAGAUUCCUGUCUCUCAUGCUUUUGAGACGUUUCAAACGAGCCAUACCCCGAACCCAUAUCUCGAUCACAGUAUAAAUGGAACGGCUUUCUAUCAAAACACCCCCGGUUUUCAGCAGCCGGUACAAUACCACCAGUAUGCGCCUAUUGGCCACUAUAACGCGGUCCUCACUCCCUACCAGCGCACAGUGCAUGACCUUUUCAUCCCCAACGAUCUCCGAGAGGAAAUUCAGAAGAAGUCUGCGGCAGCCCUCCAGAUAUUACCCAAUUCGCAGCUACCAAGUCACAUUGAGAGUUAUCACUCUCUUGUCCCUCUUGAUACAGCCCACAAAAGUUCAACCAUAUUUGGAGGUUAUACAUCUUGGGUGUAUAAAGCCCAAUCCAGCGCCAAUGGGCACUUUUUUGCCCUCCGCAGAAUUGAAGGCUUCCGCUUAACAAACGAGCACGCAAUCCGCGCCGGACAAGCUUGGAAAAAUAUAAUCAGCGCUAACAUUGUCCGGAUUGUCGACGUCUUUACAAACCGCGGCUUCGGCGACUCAUCCCUCUUUAUCGCCACGGAAUAUCAUCCUCUGUCCAAAACCCUUUUGGAACACCAUCACCUUGGACAUUCAUACAAUCCUCGUCCCGCUCGUUCUAACAAAGACCAAGCCACGGAGCCUGCCUUGUGGUCUUACGUCGUGCAAAUAGCUUCUGCUCUGAAAACCAUCCACAACUCUGGCUUAGCCGCUCGAAUCCUCGACCCCAGCAAAAUCCUUGUAACAGGAAAGAAUCGCAUCCGUCUGAACGGCUGCGGCAUUCUGGAUGUGGUGCAGUAUGACGCCAAUACCCACACACCUCUCGCUCAGGUCCAACGACAGGAUCUCGUCAAUUUUGCCCUGGUUGUCCUUGCCGUUGGCUCAGGAUCCCUGGAUGUGGGUCAGAAUUUUGCUCGCAGCAUGGACACUUUCAAACGGUGUUACAAGCCCGAACUUCAAAACGCCGUGGUGUGGUUAUACUCUGCAAUGCAGAACUCGGAGAAAACCAUAGAUGGAUUCGUCACUCUUAUCGCAAACCAGAUGAUCACCGCUUUCAAUGCGGCCCUUCACAGCGAUGAUGCUCUAUAUUCUGAAUUGUCGCGCGAGGUGGAGAAUGCGCGCCUGGUGCGCCUUAUGGCCAAAAUCAACUUCAUCACUGAACGCCCUGAAUACAAUCAUGACCAGUCGUGGAGCGAGAAUGGGGAACGCUAUUUCCUCAAGUUGUUCCGUGACUACGUCUUUCACCAGGUUGAUGCACAAAACCGACCCGUCGUGGAUCUCGGCCAUGUCCUGAUGUGUCUCAACAAAUUAGACGCGGGUACGGAGGAGAAGAUCAUGCUCGUGAGCCGGGACGAACAGAGCGUGUUUGUGGUGAGCUACCGCGAGCUAAAAAAGGGGGUAGAAAGUGCAUUUCAGGAAUUAGUUGGGAAGAGAGGAGGACCUUUGAGGUAG